AUGACAAAAGAAACUAUAAGGUCGAUACUUCUCUAUGAAUUCAAAUGCGGAAGAACUAUGCAGGAGGCCCUGCAGAACAUUCAAUCCAGCUACCCAAGCAGUACAAUUUCAUUAGCAACAGUGAAAAGGUGGUUCUUGAAGUUUUCAUCUGGAGAUCUUUCCUUGUCGGAUAAAACCAGGACAGGAAGGCCUUCCAAAGUCAGUGCAUUCAAGCUGGAAGAGUUGAUUAAUUUCAAUCCAGAGGCUACAUGCGAUAUACUUGCAAAGCAAAUGGGAGCCAGCAAAUCAACUAUUCAGAAGAAGCUUCGCAAGUUAGGCAAACAGAAGAAGAAUUCUAGUUGGAAGGCGCCUUAG